UGCGCCGGAAGUACGUGUGCAUGUGUCGGAAGUGCGCGUGCGCGGCGCGGCCCUGUGGACAUGGCGGCCCAGUCGCCUCGGAUCCGGGUUCGACCCGGCCCCCGGGGGCUGCUGCUGCCGCUGCUCCUCUCGGCGGCUGCCUGGCCUCUGGGCUGGGCCCAGGGAGACGAGUUCCGGCCCGGCCAGUGGGGGGCGGCGGCGGAGGGCGCGGCGGGCGCGGCGCGGGGGCGCAGGUAUCUCCUGUACGACGUGAAUCCCCCCGAAGGCUUCAACCUGCGCCGCGAUGUCUACAUCCGCGUGGCGUCCCUGGUGAAGACCCUGCUGCGCUCGGAGGAGUGGGUGCUGGUGCUGCCCCCCUGGGGCCGCCUCUACCACUGGCAGAGCCCGGACAUCCACCAGGUGCGCAUCCCGUGGGCCGAGUUCUUUGACCUCCCGAGCCUGGCCAGGAACAUCCCGGUGAUCGAGUACGAGCAGUUCAUGGCAGAGUCGGGCGGCCCCUUUAUCGAGCAGGUGUACGUGCUUCAGAGCUACGCGGAAGGCUGGAAGGAGGGCACCUGGGAGGAGAAGAUCGACCAGAGGCCGUGCAUCGAUCAGCUCCUGUACUCCCGGGACAAGCACGAGUAUUACCGAGGCUGGUUCUGGGGCUACGAAGAAACCAGAGGUCUGAGCGUCUCUUGUCUCUCAGUGCAAGGCUCCGCUUCCAUCGUCGCCCCCGUGCUCCUGAAGAACACGUCUGCCCGAUCGGUGAUGCUGGACAGAGCCGAAAAUCUCCUUCACGACCACUACGGAGGGAAAGAAUAUUGGGACACCCGCCGGAGCAUGGUGUUUGCCAAACACCUCCGUGUGGUGGGGGACGACUUCAGGAGCAAGUACUUGAACUCCACCGACGCCGCGGACAAGACAAUUUACCACGAAGACUGGACCAAGAUGAAGGUUAAGCUGGGCACCUCCCUGGGCGGUCCCUACCUCGCCGUCCACCUCAGAAGAAAGGAUUUUGUCUGGGGUCACAGAGAAGAUGUGCCCAGUCUACAAGGAGCCGUCAAGACCAUCCGGAGCCUCAUGGAGACCCACAAGCUGGACAGAGUUUUUGUAGCGACGGAUGCCGUCCGGAAGGAAUGCGAGGAGCUCAAGAAGCUGCUUCCGGAGAUGGUGAGGUUUGAGCCCACCUGGGAGGAGCUGGAGCUCUACAAAGAUGGUGGCAUCGCCAUCAUUGACCAGUGGAUCUGUGCUCACGCCCGAGUCUUUAUCGGCACCUCCGUGUCCACGUUCUCUUUUCGGAUUCACGAGGAAAGAGAGAUCCUAGGCCUGGACCCCAAAACGACCUACAACAGAUUUUGUGGGGACCAAGAACAGCAAUGCGAGCAGCCGACCCACUGGAAAAUCGCCUACUGAGGCAGCGCCAUUGUCAUGGUUACGCGCCACACCCGGGUCCAGGAGCAUCGCUUCUCCAUCACGGCACCUCCUGCCUGUGUCGUGGACGUGUGUUAGGUCAGCUGAUGGCGCGGAGGGGCCCAGGAGGCCUGGGGUGGGCGACUAAGUGGCCGCAGGGAGGGCAGACAUCCAGGAGAGGAGCCGCAGGACUAGCCUUGGUCCUGUCCUGCUGGUCACCUCUGGACUCCCCCCUCUUGGCCUCUGUCUAGAGGGAUUGAUUUUCAGGGUCCCAUUUAAGGCCCGGUCAGCACAUUUCAGUGAUAAGAAGCCUGGUGUCGGGGGACAUGCUCCCUAGGACUUUGGGAAGGGAUUUCACAAGCAUUUGUCCUGUUUUACAAUCACAGGUUGAUCCUGGGUAAGGGGAGCAAUGUGGAAGGAGCGGAAAGGCCCGGCCGGGGCCCCCUAGUGACCAAAGAACUGUUUGUUCCCCUUUCUGCUCUGCAGUAUUAAGCCCUUAAGUAAGGGCGCGGGAGCACCCCUGUUGGAUUCUAUGAGGGUGGACAAAGGUUCCACCCACCAGGGCCUCCCCCCAGCAGCCCCAGGAGGACAAGGGCAGCCUCUGAGCUUUGGGGGUGCUUCUCUGAGACCAGAGAAGCCAUUCUCUGAACCCCAAUGUCUUCCCGAAGAACUGGUGUUGCUCCCUCCCUCCCAAAUCCAGCCUCCAGAGGGGCAGUUCUGGAGCGGUCCGAGGCCACCUGAGUUGUCCCUUAGCCACCAUAGAUGGGGGAGCGAGGAGGGGGUGGAGCCAGGCCAGAGCCAGAAUUCUUUUUUUUUAUUUUUUAGCUGACCUCUAGACCUUGGUCCCAUGGCCCAUAAUCCUCCUAAGUAGACUAUUCUUCGGCGGCUUCAAGAGACCGGCCAUAGAACAGCUGUGGGUGGAUUCACUGGAUUUCUUGGCUCUUAAAACUAUUUUCUAGUGAUUCCCAAGCCUGCCCCAUUAGGACUAGUCCUACCAAAGACUCUUGGGCUCCGUUCUGAGCUGGAGGCCCAUGGGUCACGGCUGUGACGUCCAAUUGGCUCCCACAAAGACCUGCCCGUCAGACAGACGCUGUUGGGGUCCCUCCCCAUGGAGAGGUCUGGGCGCCGGCUCCUCGCUGGGCCCCCAUGAGCCCCUAGGGCCGGGCAGUGUCAGCCAUGCCGGCUCCCCCUUGCCCAGCCCACCUUUAGGACCCUCCCCCCCGGACUCUGACAGAAGCUGGUGCUCGCCUCUACCCGGGUGUGGAGAGCAUCGGGACUUUGUUCUCCACGUGAAAACCGAGUAUUACCACGAACAAAAGGAAGUUUCCCAGAAACGCGGGGCCACGGACGGCGCCUUUUUCUACGGUCGGUCUUUUGUUCGUGUAAGAACUAUGCAGAAGCCGUGGAGUUCAACUGUGUGCCUCAUUUCUAAGGAAAAUAAAGCGCUUUCUGUA